CAAAUUAUGGAUGUCAAAGACUCAACAAAUCCAGUGAAUGCUAGUUCAGAAAAGUUGAUUGGAAAUGGAAGAACCAAAGGUUCUGAAGUUUACGAAGCUUACGAAAUUGCUGAAAUAACCAGUCAAGUUUUAUCAUCAGCAAGCAUUAAUGUAGAAGAUAAUGAAGUUCUGGUUGAACAAAAGUUAUACUUAACCAUUAACUGCAGUGACUCAUCAGAAAUCUAUGCAUAUUUGAAAAUUCCAAAUAAUUUCACAGACAACGAAGUUAUUGCUGUUAAAUUAAUUAUUGAUGACGAAUUUCCUGAAAUAAAAGUUGAUGAUUUUAAUAACAUGAGCAGCAUCUUUGCCGAAAAAGGAGUGCGGCAAAUGACUAAGACAAUAAAUACUGAAACUUUAUAUGAAUAUGUUGCUGACUUUUUGAUCAAGUCUAUAAGGAAUGACGAGUUAGGAUUCGUCAACAGACUUUCACAUCAAGCAGCUAUCACCGAGAUUGACAUCAAUUUUCUAGUCGAUUCCCGUAACUACAAUCUCCUGUUGAUUGCGGCAGAUGAAGGAAAUGCAGAAAUUGUCAAGAUUCUUAUUGACCUCGGUAUGAGCACUAACAUGCCAAGGAACAGCAUCGAUGCACUAAGUUUGGCAUGGAAUGGAAAGCACUUUGAUGUUUUGCUGGUUCUAGCUCAAGCAAAUCUGAUGUUUUCAACAGGAUUUGAUGCAGGUGAGGUGACCGGAGCUUUUAAGGACUUUUAUAAUGACACUGAGGAGCUUCAUAAGCACAUAAUUGUGAAUGAUCAAGAAAAAGCCAUAAAAAUCAUUGACAGGCACAACCUAAGUCACUUUUACAAUUUCAACAAUGAAUCAGCAUUAAAAAUUGCCAUCCAAAAUGAUUCUCUUGAACUUUAUGAAAUAUUUUUGAGUAAAAAGUACAAAUUUGGUCCACACGAGAAUCCAGCAGAGUAUUUGGAACAGCUCUCUGAAGAGUCUAAGAGAAUCAUUCUUAUGAUCGUUGCAGCAUCCAAAAAAUUCAAAAUUAUCUUUGACUUUAAUCGCGAUGCUGUGAAUGUUUUAGAUCCGACUAAAACUCCAGACACCCAGGCAGCUUUUUACUUUUCUGGUCGAGUUUACAUUGGUGCCAAAGACUUGCUUGACAGUGAGACUGAAAACAACGCAUUGGCGACUAUGGCUCAUGAAUUUUGUCACUUUGCAAUGAAUAUUGUUUAUAAAAAUCAAGCAAAACCAUACUUAAGCAGUGAUCGUAUGACCGAAGAGAAAUUCGAGGAAAUUACAGUAAUCUGUGAGAAAAUAGGAUAUAAGGAAAAAGUUAUAGGAUCUGUAUUUAAUGACUAUCCGGAGGAACAUCAUCAUAGCGAGCUAAUCGUUCGAGUUGUACAUCUAUUUGCAUUGUAUUGUAAGGAUUCUGAUAGUUUGGCUAGAGCUUACUCAAAUUUUAGCUGUCUUUUUGAAUUCUAUGAGAAAAAGACUGUUCCGGAACUUCAAGUGGCUGUUAAGGAAAUGGAACUUAGGGACAAAAUGGAGUUGGAGAAAAAGGAUAAAAUGAUUGUGAAAUAUAAAUCACUAAUCAUCAUCAUUUCAAUCUUAGCUGCAGUUGGGAUUGUUGCUGUUGGUUUUAUUGUCCGUUUUGUCUUCUUUCCUGACAUUUUUGUUUAUAAUGAACUCGAACGAGAAGAACAAGAUAAGGUCAGAAAUUCCACAGUGACUUAUAAAGGCGUUAAUGUAACAUUUGCUGAUUUAUUUCCUGAUGAUUCUGAAGCUUAUGGCUUAUUAUAUUCAGAUCAUAUUGCUCUAAUGCUUAAGAAUAAACCACUUGACUUUGAUAAUACAUUUUAUCACUAUCUGGAUGAACUUGUCGUUCAUGACUGGAGAAAUAUGACAGAACAACUAAAAUACAAAAUUUUAGACUCAAACUUUAAUUUUCAAAAUCAAAACUUAAAAUUUGACAGCCUUAAUACCUUAAAUCCAAAGAUUUUCGAAGCAUUGACAUCAAUGCAGAUCAUUCAAGUGUUGGACGGUCAAUUGUUAAAUGUCAGCAAUAUGUUCCGAAAUGAUUCAAUGUUUUAUGUCCAGAGGAAGUUUGCUUGUCAUUCUGGUUGUUCUAAUGCAAGCUAUACAUCACUUGAUCAAGCAAUACAAAUAGCUGAGGACUCUAAAAUGUUUCUUUUAUCAUCUGCUGCUGGAACUGGAAAAACUGAGGUGUUUAAACAGUUGACAGUGCAAAUUAAGAAGAAAAAUCCUUUAUACUGGGUUGCGUAUUUAAAUCUGAAAGAUAAUGAGCAAUUUUAUCAUUUUCUUAAUUAUUCCAUUAGCAUUCAAGAGUUCUUGAAGAUGAUUUUAUCUGUCAAUCUGCAAAAUGAUUUUGAAAGGUCAAUUUUUGAGGAAUGCUUUAAAUCAAAUAGAAUUGCGCUAGUAUGGGAUGGAUUUGAUGAAGUGUCAGUUCCAAAUCAAUGGCUUAUUAAGAAAUUAUUCAAGGAAAUCAAACAAACAACAGAAAUCAUCCAAGCAGUAAGCACAAAGCCUGAAUAUGGUGAAAAAUUACGUGAUUUAUUAACAGCACCAACAUAUGAACUUGCUAACUUUGACGAUUAUGAAAUACAUGAAUUUUUAUUCAAAUUUCUGUCAGUCAUUAGCAUAGAAAAUAGAGAAGCUGUCGGAUUUGUGGAAAGAAUCGUUGGAACUAUUAAUAAGGUCAAGCCACUUAUCGAAACAUUGAAUCUGAAUUUACGUACACCACAUAUGCUUAAAUUAUUUGCAAAUCUUUCUUUAAAACUUGUCGGAGUCUCUGAUUGGAAUGGAUGGGAAGCAUUUAAUAAAGUUUAUGAUGAAAUUAAUGCGUCUGGGAAUGUUAAUACGGUUGAUGUAUUCCUAAAAGAUCCUGAUUUUAUUAAACGAUUGCUUAACACUUUAAAUUCUAUUUUUAAGGGUGGAAUAGCUUAA